AUGCUGGUUACUCUCGAGAGACUCCUUGCGAUCAAAUUUACGAUGCAAUACCCAAACUUUGUAACUGAUGAAAAAAUGAAGAGAGCAGUGUUAGCAGUUUGGAUCCUUGCUUUUAUCAUUGGAGGUUUUAGAGUUCUAAACAUGUCCUUAUUUGUACGUUUUUUUUCUGUCUUCCUGACUCUUUCGUGCAUUCUUUUCCUUGCUUUCGCCUACUUCAUUAUAUAUCGAGAAACAUGUCUUCAACAAGAAAAGAUUAAAACUCAUCAAUUGCCGCAACAAGAAGUGGAAAGAUUUACCCGAGAGAACAAGGCGCUUAAAACAACUAUGUUUGUAGUUGGUGCAGUUAUUAUUUGCCUUCUGCCACUAUGUUUCUGUCUUAUUCUUUUAUUUACAUGCUUUUGUGAUAUUUGCCCUACCAUUGCACCGGUGACGCAAACAUGUGCCAUGUUAAACUCACUUGUUAAUCCACUGAUUUACUGCUGGAGACAAAAAGAAAUGAGAAAGGUCAUAUUUCGAUCAAGAACGCAUGUCGUGGUUGCAGGUAUCCAGUGAAGGAGGGCAAUGUAAAAGAAAUGGUUGACAACUUGAUAAGUAAACAUGUGAAAUUUUGCUUUCGCCUUUUAAGCCACUGGAUGAACAAAACUCUGUGGUUAUUGGCUUUUUUUGACCGUUAAAUUUUUGAUCACGACUGGUGAUCUAUGAAAAGAUUAAGAUCAAAGUGGCCACACAAAAAUGAAUGAGCUAUCCACAAUUUAUGUAGUACACUUCAGUAAGUCUUUAGCUCACUGUACCAGCUUAAAUUAGCCAAUAAAAGGUUAUUGCCAGUAUUCAUGCCAACUUUCUAUCUUUCCCUAUUCUUAUGUAAUACUUUUUUCUUUUAUUCUGCUUAUCUAACCUUCCUCAAGUAGCAUCAAAGGUAUAUAUUUUUAACUCCCAAUAGCAUGCAACCCGUUCACUCGUAUGCAGAUAAAUUCUUUUGAUUGGCCUUCCGGCCACACGUACCCGGUGAAUACGGUUGAUGAUUUUGCAACUUUUUUGAAACGUAUACAGUGACGUAACGAUGUGACAUCAAGUCCUUCCUGCAGGAGACAUUACGAUAUGACAGCCAACAGAGAUCUUGUUUUUUAGACUUCCGAACAACACGUGUUGAAACUUCAACUUAACAAACACAAAUGCCGAUUAUAUUUAUCGCGGGCUCAAGUUUCAUGAUAGUGCGCAUGCUCUGUUGAAAAAAGUGUUGAUAUAUCCGGAUACAUAUCGGGCACGUGAGGACGGACUAAAACGAUUCGAUGGCGGUAUUUGUGGAGGCGAUAUUUUUUUGUAAAUAUGCAUUGAGAAAGUUGCAGAUUGAAAAAUAUCCAGAUAUGUGUGGACAUGGCCAUAAAUAUAAUUAUUGUUAUUUAAAUCAACUUCUGUAAUUUAUGCGCGAGGAAAAGUCAAGUGGGAACACGUGCACAUAGAAGGAGAGCGCAUCGAUCACUUAGGCCCUUACCCACUUGACUCAUUGCUUGAUGUACAAGUGAUUUAGAAAAAGCAAAUCAUUUGACUUAAUUUUUAUGGCUACUGCCUCCUAUGAAGUACAAUAGUCCACAUUAACAUAAUCAGCAACGUUUUUAUAUUUUACUGAAUAUUACAAAAUGUUAGUUUGGUUCCACUAAAGAAAAAGGUUAAAUGGAACUAAUAAACAAGAAAGAUAUGGAAAGAUUUAAAGGUUGGCCAAGAAUAGGGGAAAAUUACAAGUUUGAGAUUUUUGUCUCUCGUCAUUCCUGGCGCUUGUAAUGAUGAAUUCGAAUUUGGUAAAGAGCAUUUGCUUAAGAUCAUUAUUAAACAGAAUUGAUAUUUCUUAAGUCUACCCUGUAUUUAGCGGAACCGUACAAAGCGGUCAACUUGUGUUACGCGGUCAGUUUUUCGUUUACAGUUUUGCGUUUCCGAUUUGCUUUGUUAAAAAAGUUAAAGUUAAAACGUGAGGUAUUUGGUUACAGUUGAAUUAACCGAUGGAGCUUUCAUUCAUUUAAUAUCUGAAUUCUCUCAAAGGAUUUCUUCGUAGUAAAAGGGCGAGCGAAGUUAUCAGUUCUACAACAAAUAAGCUUUUGGUGAGUCUUUCCAAGUCCGUUCAAUUUGGACAUUUGUACCGUAAAUUACUCAACAGAAACUAAAAGAACUCAAUAAGAAAAAGCCGCAUUCGAAUCCCCAUGUGUCUACGGUUGAAGUUUAUCAUUCGAAUUAGUUUUUGCGGAGGAAAGACCAGAUCUAUACACGCCAUGGCAGCGAACAAACAAGCACUCUCACAACUUCAAAAUAAAAAAUCUGAAUUUACUUACGAUUACUUUCCUUGCCAUUUACUUAUUGAACAGAGGUAAAUCUGCGUACAUUCAUUAAUCGUCGAUGAGAGUGAAUAAUACUUUCCGCAAGAUCAUUAACGGUUUUUGAAGAAAACAUUGUCGUGACAGUCCUUGCCAAACUAGCUCCGUUGUUUUUCAAAAGUAUACAUGCGAUUUUAUUUCUUACGCGCUCUCUAAUGAAGAGGUGUCAGAUUGUGACAGAUACUUGUAAAAACAAUGUUUCAAAGUUUAGUUUGGAAGCCUUUUAAAUCGCCUCUAUCAUUGAGCAAAUAAAAACGUUUCGGCGAAGCUUCUCUCUUUAAUUUGCAUCACCUCUAUUUUUACUACCACUUACUCGCUCAAAAAUUAUUCAGUUUAUGGAAGAUCUAGCCGUCAUAACAGCCCUAAAUCUAUCAUUCAGGUUCUUUUGGAAAGAAUUUCGUUAAGUUUGAGGAAAAAAUAAAGAUAUUAUUCACUAGCGUAGGUCGAUCCGUAUUGGGAAAAACUGUGCCCUCUGUCUUGAGUACCGCCCAAGGCCGGAUCUCGGGCACAUUUAUCCCCAAUACGGACCUCCCGGCUGGCAAAUAGCAUAUAUUUAUUGAUUAUCAGUAUAAAUAUCAACUGAUGUAAUUCAUGCCCGAGGAAAAUUCAAGUGGGAAUACAUGUACAUAAAAGUGGAGCAAAUCGAUAAGCCCUUAUUCAAUUGACUCAUUGCUGGAUGUACACGUAGUUUAAAAAAAGCAAAUCACUUGACUUGAUAUUUUUGCUAAUGCUUCCUAUGAAGGCGAAGACAACAUGAGAUUGCGAACGACCUCUUCGUCCAAAACGAAGUCUGCCAAGUUUUACCUGAUAUUCCUCGCUCUUAGCUUUUGUUUGUUUCGGAAUAUCUUCGGUCGUUCCACUCUUGAUAAGUGACGAUUUCCUCGAAUCGCUUCUAAUGUUAUACAAGGAAUAUUAGCAGGUGAUCACAAUGUUUUUCGGUGAUACUUCUUGUUUGUCUCGUAGUGUACGUACUACGUGUGACAAUGAACAUCUCACAAUCAUUUCAGAAUGGCGUAAAAAAAAAGAAAGGCUUCGCCUUUCAGAAAUGUAUUAAAAGGAGUGAUCGGCGCAUCAUAAAAAUUGAGAAGAAAGUUUUUCUCAUUAAAGAAGGAUUAUUUUACCGUUUGAAUCAGCAAAUUAUUCCCAGUAGAUCAACGGAUAUAAUUUUUUCAAUUCUGACCGAGACACUACAAUAAAUGAUAAAUAUCGCAAAAUAAUGGCGAGUCCAGCAAGUUAUUAAAAAAAAAAAGACUUUUCUUUGAAGAUGUACCGAAAUAGAUUUGAUCUGCACAUCGUUGGAACUGAAUGUUCACACUUUACUCUUUCUCGCGCAUAAAAAUACAAUAGUCUAUAUUUACAUCAUCAAAAAGACUUUUUUUUUACUGGAUAUUACAAAAUGUUAGCUUGGUUCGACCAAAGAAAAAGGUUGAAUGGCACAAAUAAACAAGAAAGAUAUAACACCAGGGAUAGAUUUAAAGGUUGGCAACGAAAAGAAGAAAAUUCUACGUUUGAGUUUUGUCUCUCUGGUCAACCCUGGUGCUUGUAAUCAUGAAUUCAAAUUUUAUAAAGAUCAUUUUCUUAAGAUCAUUAUUGAACUGAAUUGUUAUUUCUUAAGUCUAUCUUGUAUUAAGUGGCACCGUACAAAGCAGUCACCCUGAAUUAGGCGGUCAGUUUUCGUUUACAGUUUUGCGUUUCCGAUUUGCUUUGUUCUUUAUUGUUCUUGUGCACAUGUGGACUGAGUACUCAUUCCCAGGAGAUUUUUAAGUCAUUCAUUACAAAAGGAAAGUCAGACUUCCUCUGCCAUUAUCUUCCGCCGAUUUCAUGCAAGGUCAAACGUCUGAAAGAAACAGUUUUUACGAGAAACCUAGUUUAAUUGGAUCAAGCUUCCAAUCCAACAUGGUAAACUUCUCCUCGGCUAAUUCUACAAAUGCUACAAAUACAAUCAGUAGAGAAGGCGACAAAGCAGAUGUCCCUUCGGUGGCUGGUGCUAUAAAUGUAAUCAUCAUCAACACCAUUACUUGUCCCUUCACAGUUAUACUCAAUCUACUGGUGAUAAAAGCUGUAAAGUCGACGCCUCGACUUCGUACCAACAGCAACAUCUUGCUGGCCUGUUUAGCGGUGACUGACGCCUUAACUGGUCUCCUUGGCCAACCAUUGUUUGUCCUGUGGAAGAUCUUCCUAUUAUUCGGUCUCAGUGACAGUGGAACAGUUGAAAAUUGUUUUGCCACAACUGUAGUUGUGAUUCUAACAGCUUCAUACUUUCAUCUGAUGCUGGUUACUCUCGAGAGACUCCUUGCGAUCAAAUUUACGAUGCAAUACCCAAACUUUAUAACUGAUGAAAAAAUGAAGAGAGCAGUGUUAGCAGUUUGGAUCCUUGCUUUUAUCAUUGGGGUUUUUAGAGCUCUAAACGUGUCCUUAGUUGUACGUAUUUUUUCUGUCCUUCUGACUCUUUCGUGCAUUCUUUUCCUUGCUUUCGCCUACUUCAUUAUGUAUCGAGAAACACGUCUUCAACAAGAAAAGAUUAAAACUCAACAAUUGCCCCAGCAAGAAGUGGAAAGAUUUACCAGAGAGAACAAGGCGCUUAAAACAACUAUGUUUGUAGUUGGUGCUGUUAUUAUUUGCCUUCUGCCUCUUUGUUUCUGUCUUAUUCUGUUAGUUACAUGCUUUUGUGAUAUUUGCCCUACCAUCGCACCGGUGACGCAAACAUGUGCCAUGUUGAACUCACUUGUUAAUCCGCUGAUUUACUGCUGGAGACAAAAAGAAAUGAGGAAGGUCAUAUUUCGAUUAAGAACGCAGGUCGUGGUUGCAAGUAUCCAGUGAAGGAGGGCAAUGUAAAAGAAAUGGUUGACAACUUAAUAAGUAGACAUGUGAAAUUUUGCUUUCGUCUUUUGAAGCCACUGGAUGAACAAAACUCUGUGGUUAUUGGCUUUUUUUUGACCGUUAAAUUUUAGAUCACGACUGGUGAUCUAUGAAAAACAUGCAUAUUUCCCCAGUGUAAGAUUAAGAUCAAAGUGGCCACAAAAAAAUGAAUGAGCUAUCCACAAUUUAUGCAGUAUACUUCAGUAACUCUUUAGCUCACUGUACAAGCUUAAAUUAGCCCACGAAAGGUUAUUGCCAGUAUUCAUGCCAACUUUCUAUCUUUCCCUAUUCUUAUGUAAUACUUUUUUCGUUUAUUCUGCUUAUUUAACCUUCCUCAAGUAGCACCAAAGGUAUAUAUUUUUAACUCCCAAUAGCAUGCAACCCGUUCACUCGUAUGCAGAUAAAUUCUUUUGAUUGGCCUUUCGGCCACACGUACCCGGUGAAUACGGUUGAUGAUUUUGCAACCUUUUUGAAACGUAUACAGUGACGUAACGAUGUGACAUCAAGUCCUUCCUGCAGGAGACAUUACGAUAUGACAGCCAACAGAGAUCUUGUUUUUAGACUUCCGAACAACACGUGUUGAAACUUCAACUUAACAAACACAAAUGCCAAUUAUAUUUAUCGCAGGCUAAAGUUUCUUGAUAGUGCGCAUGCUCUGUUGAAAAAAGUGUUGAUAUAUCCGGAUACAUAUCGGGUACGUGAGGACGGACUAAAACGAUUCGAUGGCGGUAUUUGUGGAGGCGAUAUUUUUUUGUAAAUAUGCAUUGAGAAAGUUGCAGAUUGAAAAAUAUCCAGAUAUGUGUGGAAAUGGCCAUAAAUAUAAUUAUUGUUUAUUUAAAUCAACUGCUGUAAUCCAUGCGCGAUGAAAAGUCAUGGGAACACGUGCACAUAAAAGUGGAGCGAAUCGAUCACUUAGGCCCUCAUUCACUUGACUCAUCGCUUGAUUUACAAGUGAUUUAGAAAAAGCAAAUCAUUUGACUUAAUUUUUAUGGCUACUGCCUCCUAUGGAGGCGAAGCCAUAAUGCUGACCUGUUGCGUGAGUGAGGGUAACAAUAGAAUACGAACGACCUCUUCGCGAUCAUCCACAACGAGGUCUGCCGAGUUUUACUCAAUAUUUCUUACUAUUGGCUUUUGUUUUUUCGGAUCAUCUUCGGUCUUUCAACGCUCAUUUAGUGACGAUUUCUGAGAAUUGCUUCGAAUUUUACACGGAAUAUUAGCAGAUAAUCAAACUGUUUUUCGGUGCUACUUACUGUUUGCCUCGUAGUGUGCUACUGAAAACGAUGAACAUCUUUCAAUCAUUUCAAAACAGCGAGUGAAAAAAUAAAGCUUUACCUUGCAGAAAUGUUUUGAACGGAGUGAUCUACGCAUUAUGAAAAUUUAUAGCAAAAACUUUUUCUCUAAAUAGGGAGUACUUUGCUGUUUAAAUCAGCGAGUUAUUCCCAAUAGAUCCGAAGAUACAAUUUUUCAGUUCUAACUGUGGCACUAAAACUAGUGAUAAACAUCAAAAAAUAAUUUCACAUUGGCGUCUGCGGUACGUAAUUGAAAAAGAGACUUUUCCUUCCAGAAAAAUCUGAAUAGGUUUAAUCUGCACAUCGUAGGAACUUAAUGUUCCACUUUACUUUUUCUCGCGCAUAAAGUACAAUUUUCCACACAAACAUAAUCAGCAACGUUUUUAUUUCACUGAAUAUUACAAAAUGUUAGUUUGGUUCGACUAAAGAGAAAGGUUAAAUGGGACUAAUAAACAAGAAAGAUAUAACUCUAUGGAAAGAUUUAAAGGUUGGCCAAGAAUAGGGGAAAAUUACAAGUUUGAGAUUUUUGUCUCUGGUCAUUUCUGGGUUCUUGUAAUGAUGAAUUCGAAUUUGAUAAAGAGCAAUUGCUUAAGAUCAUUAUUAAACAAAACCGCGGAACCGUAUAAAGUGGUCACCUUGUGUUACGCGGUCAGUUUUUCGUUUAUAGUUUUGCGUUUCCGAUUUGCUUUGUUCUUUAUUGUUCUUGUGCACAUGUGGACUGAGUACUCAUUCCCAGGCGAUUUUUGAAUUAUUACAAAAGAGCAGCCAGAUUUCCUCUGCCGUCAUCUUCCACUGAUUUCAUGCAAGGUCAAACGUCUAAAAGAAACAGUUUUAACGAAAAACCUAGUUUACUUGGAUUAAGCGUCUAAUUCAACAUGGCAACCUUCUCCUCGGCUAAUUCUACAAAUGCUACAAAUACAACCAGUAGAGAAGGCGACACAACAGAUGUCCCUUCGGUGGCAGGUUUUAUAAUCAUAAUAAUCAUCAACACCAUCACUUGUCCCUUCACAGUUCUACUCAACCUACUGGUGAUAAAAGCUAUAAAAUCGACGCCUCGACUCCGCACCAACAGCAACAUCUUGCUGGCCUGUUUAGCGGUGACUGACUCCUUAACUGGUCUCCUUGGCCAACCAUUGUUUGUCUUGUCGAAGAUUUUCCAAUUAUUCGGUCUCAGUGACAGUGGAACAAUUGAAAAUUGUUAUUUCACAACUGCAAUUGUGAUUGUAACAGCUUCAUACUUUCAUCUGAUGUUGGUUACUCUCGAGAGACUCUGCGAUCAAAUUUACGAUGCAAUACCCAAACAUAAAUGA